AUGUCUCAACCUGAUCCGAAGCGCGUCAAGACCGAUGAUGAAGCUCCCUACGAGCUCAUCUACUGGCCCGGCAUCCCCGGUCGCGGCGAAUUCAUCCGUCUCGUCUUCGAAGAAGCCGGUGUUCCGUACUCAGACGUUGCACAAGAUACGGAAAAGGGCUUUGAAGCCAUCAAGAAACUCACUGCCACCGACAACAUAGGUGAUGAUCUUAACCCGCCUGCUCUAGCUCCGCCGGCACUCAGGCACGGCGAUCUACUCAUCUCUCAAACCACCAACGUUCUUCUCUACGUUGCACCCAAACUCGGGUUGGCGCCCAAGGAGGGCAAUGGGCUGUACCACCUCAACCAGAUUGCUUUGACCAUAAUGGAUGGUCUCGUGAAUGAACUCCACGAUACUCACCAUCCCAUCGCCAUUAGCCAGUACUACGACGAACAAAAGGAGGAAGCCAAGAAAAGAUCUAGCUACUUUAUCAAGGAGCGUCUUCCCAAAUACUUCAAGUACAUGCAGCGACUGCUUGAUGCCAAGACCAGUGGGGAAGGACCAUGGUUGUACGGCGAUAGUCUUACUUACGCAGACCUCGUAUUGUUCCAGGCUAUCGAUGGUACCAAGUUUGCUUUCCCAAAAUCUGUCGAGAAGUUGGAAAAGUCUGGUGACUACGAGGGUGUUUUCAAAGUAUACGAAGCCGUCAAGGAGAGACCCAAUAUCAGCAAAUAUCUUGAGAGCAAUAGGCAUCAUGCCUACUCAGAAGGCAUCUACCGAUACUACCCCGAGUUGCAAGAAGAGUAA